AUGAGUGAAAAGGGUUUGGCAGAACACUAUAAAGUAUUAAAACAAUUUUUGGUAAUCUCGGAUGAUCUGAGCACCAGAACUAAAACUAAUUCGACUAGAGCGGCUAGAGCUAGAGAAAAACUCUUAAAAUUAUCUAGCGCUCAGUUUAGAGAAUUAAGUACUGAUGUGUAUGAUGAACUAAAAAGAAGAAUUGACGAGUCUAGAGGUGAACCAGAUUAUUUAUUGCCAAAAUCAACAUUUCAUCCGAAAAGAAAUCAAGCUAGACAAAAAUUGUCUUCAUUGCCUCAAUCUAGGUUUAAAGAUUUAGUAUCAGACAUUUCGUUCGAAAUUGAGAGAAGAGAUUUACAUCAUGUAACUACUACGGACAUAAAUAAUAGUAAUCAUUAUGCAAGCAGUGAUAAUAAUAAGUCAUUAAACCAAGGUGCCCAAGAAAACGGACGCGAAAUAGAGAACAGUAACAAUAUACAUGAAAAUAACAAUGAACAUAUCAAUAAGGGAGAUCUUGAGAAGGACGAGGAAGUUAAAAAUUCUGCGAAGCGGUCUAACUCGUCGGAGCUAUUAAAUCAAACGAUAGGAGUGCAGCCCAAAACAGUGAUUCCAACCAAAGCAAAUUUGACUUGGUCCAGUGACGAAGAAAAUGACGACGAUCAACCAGAGAUAAAUAGCCUGGACAUACUCGUUGAUGGUGACAGAGCUGUUAAUAGAAGCUUAGAUAAUCAAAGUGAUAGGUCAUUAAACCAAAAGGGUCCUGAUUUGAAUGGAACCAUCUCUGAGUUGAGAAAUCGUUUAGAAAACAUCGAGUACGAAAAAAUGCAACUUCAAGAGAAAUAUGAUUUACUCAAAAGUGAUUAUGAGUAUUCAGCUUCCCAGAAUAAAACGCUCAGCGAUGAAAUGGAGAAUUUGAGCGAAGAAAAAAAUAGCUGGUUAAAAAACAAGUCUGAUUAUGAAAGAGAGCUAAAGACUUUGCAAUCUGAGGCUAGCUCUAGAUCGAUAAAUGAAGCAAAAAAUAAUGAUCUAUUACUUGAAUUAGAAAAUUUAAAGGCAGCGAACGCAAGUUUACGAUUGGAAAAUCAUUCAUUGAAAAUCACUUCACCAAGAGAAGUAGUGACUUCUCGUGAGGCAGCUACUUCCCCUCAAAGAUCCAUUGCAAGUACUAGAGAGACGCCUGCUUUCACCUCUUUGAAUGCAUUAAAUGAAAUUAGUAGUACAUCUCCUCAAAGAUCGGACGCUACUUCGAAGGAUAUUUCUCUGAAUCUUUCUUCGCAUACCUCGAAUGACGUGAAGAAAGAUAUGGAAUUAUUUUUUGAAAAAUUAUCCGAUUUAGAUUCUGCUGCAGUUAAAAGUAAAAAUAAGACCCCGUUGCCUGAUAACAAUGCUGCUUUAUGGCAAGGAAGAUACGAAACUUUGCGAUCCAAUCAAAUUUCAAGUUCUUUAAAGAAAUCUGUUUUGUCCAGAAAUGAAUUGAAAAUGUUGAUUACUCCAUCGGGAUUAAUUUCCAUGAAAUUAGUGACCGAUUUGCAAGCACUAGUAGAGAGCUUUUUGUUGAAUAUAAACGAUCCAAACCCUGUCCCCGACGUGUUAUUUGACAAAAUAUCAAAGAUUUCUUUGCUUGGUAAUGAAAUUGCGAACCAAGGAGACAAACAACAUUUGAAUAGUAAUGAAAACUCUAUUUGUCUUCGAGAAGCAGUUAGUUAUGCUCUUACUGCUACAAGGUAUUAUGCUAUUUUUUCUGAUAUUCUUCCAAAAAUAGUUGUUGAACAAUCACUUGGGGAAGUUUGCUUUACCGUUUGUGAGUUGGUUUCCGUUUCAAAGUUGAAUGAAAACUCCACAGACACAAGAAAUAUCUACCAAGAGCCUAUUCAUGCUCUGAAUGAAAAAGCUAGAUAUGAUGAAUCAAAUGCAGGAGACAGUGAUAUAAAUACUGCUGUUAGACCUUUGAAAAUGGCUAGCAAAUUACGUGAAUAUCAAAACCAAAGCUUUAAUAGUGCUGAAAAAGAGGUCGAAUCUUCUUCCACGCCUACAAAGGGCUUAGAUGAAAAUUCAAUAAUAGAUCCACUGAAUGUAACACCUACUAAAAAUAGAGAGUUGGCACAACCAAAAACGAAUCAUCUUGAUUCAGCAUAUGCUUCCCAAUCCAAUGACUUAUCUCCAGUGAGAAGAGGAAUCAUUCCAACUGAGUUCGCUUCCACCCAAGGCUUGUUGAACAAACCAAAUCCUAGUCCGAAAAGUCGAAAUAUAAGUGCUUUGGCUUCUAAGUUCGAAAGCAGUAAUGAUAUACCAGAGGAAACUGUAUUAUCAAACUCAUAUUCUCCAUUAUCAAAAAAACAGAGUAAUUCGAAUCUAUCAUAUUCGGAAUCCAAGGAAAUUGAUCCAAAUGUGAUUUCAAACAAGAUGAAUGCCACUCCAACAAAAAGAUCUAAUAUUCUUGAUAGAGUUAAACAGUUCGAUAGUCCAACGAAUGAAAGGUUAAACAACUAUAAAAGUAAAAUUAACAGUCCAACCAAUGACCAAAACAAUAUCCUGACGAAUAGUGACAUGGACCAAUCACAAGUCAAUGAACUGAAUGAAGAUGUUAAUAACAGCUUUUUAGUAAGUCGCUCCUCUUUAGAAAUUAGACAACAAGGCCAAGAGGAUAGGUCAGACUCAGCUUUAAGCUCUCCUCGAUUAGAUAAGGUAAAUGAAAAUGAAUCAAUUGAUUCCAAGGUCAACACAGGAGCGGCCGUUACAGGAGCAGCAGCCGCUGCUGCCGGAACAGCUUUUGCUGGGUCUAGAAGCAAAGGGUUGUUUCAAAGUAUAAGGAAUAGGAUUGCUCCAGGAUCCGAUAAAAAUUUAACAGCUGAUAUCAAUAACGAAGAGAAAAGCAAUGCUAGUACAGAUUCCAAAGGAAUGCCAGAUGCUGAAAUAAAUUCCCCAAAUACUUCAAACGACACGGCCAGCAAUCUCCCUGAAUUGAAUACAGAAUUGGAAUCAAAGUCGAUAGUAUCUGAUAAUGCAUACGACGCAAGUACCGUUGAUGUUUUGCUGCAAAAUAACAAGAGCGAUGGGACAGAAAUUGAAACUGCCAAACCAAAAAGCUUCGACGAUGCUAAAACGAAUGGAAAUCUUUACAAUGCUCCACAAGAGAGAGAUACUAAUAUGAAUUUAUCUAAUGCUAGCAAUAAAGAACCAGUCAAAAGGGGAGUCAAUUUUGUGAAUGAUGUGAAUACAACACAAGUUUCUGAUGAAGAAUCUAUAUCUGGCUCUGAAUCUGAUGAUAAUGAACAUCCCGAAGAAGCUCAGGCAAGGCAAAGACAAGAGUAUCGUAAAUCCAUGGCAGCUGCUACUUUCAAUGUUGAUCUUUUCGAUAUCGACGAUCCAGAUAAUACUUUAACGCAAGUUUUACUUUACUUAGAACACCAAACGGUUCAAGUUAUUUCAACAAUUCAGUCAUUAUUAUCUGCUAUUAAGAAGCCUAGUGCGACUAGAGGUGACUUGAGACAAAAGUCAAUAGCUAUUACUGAAGUAAUAUCACAAAUGACAGAAGCUACAAACACAUCGAUGAAUCAGACUCGUAAUGCUCAAUUAAAGGAACACGGAAGCUGGGUCGUCAAGAGCUUAGAUGAUUGUAAUCAUCGUAUGAAUAUUUUAUGUAAACCUAACGCAGAUAAGAGUGAUAGUGAUUUUGCUGAUAAGAAUUUCAAGCAAAGGUUGGCGGGAAUUUCAUUUGAUAUAGCCAAAUGUACCAAGGAAUUAGUUAAAACAGUAGAAGAGGCAAGUUUGAAAGAAGAUAUAGCCAAUAUUGAUGCUAGAUUAAGUCAAACUGACGAUUUAACCUGA